AUGUCCGGCAAGAACGAGGAUGUUGUAGAUCGUCUAAGGCAGCUGUUUCCGGAGCAAUUGUUCGACGAAACAAGUCCACACUACGAGACUACUCGUAACAGCUUCUGGUCUGGCAAUCAGAAAGCUGAGAAACCCGCGUGUGUAGUACAGCCUCGAAAUGCUGGAGAGUUGGCUCAAGCAGUGAAAGUCUGCGCCGAAUUCCAAACACCUUUCGCGGUCAAGAGUGGGGGACAUGGUCACUUUGCCGGCCAAUCGAGCAUCACCGGUGGAGUCCAGUUCGAUUUGGCUAAGUUGAACGUCGUCUCUGUGAACAAUGAAAAGACUUCUGUUUGGGUCGGUAGUGGAAACAGCUGGGCGACGGUCUACAAAAAGCUGGAAAAGAUGGGACGAAUCGCUGUCGGCGGCAGGGCUGCUUCAUCCACUGGUGGCAUAUCACUCUACGCCGCCCGUUACGGCUGGUCAAUCGACAAUGUUCGCUCCUUCGAAAUCGCCCUUGCCGACGGAAGGGUCCUCAUAGCCAACCGCAACUCCGAACCCGACCUGUAUCGCGCCCUGCGUGGCGGAGGAUCGAACUUUGGCGUCGUCGCUAGCUUUGAGCUUGAACUAUACCCCUACUCAGGCAUGUGGGGUGGCUUCAGAGUGGUGAAUCCAGACUAUCUUACGCAAGCGAUCGAAGCCUUCCUUGGUUUCAUCCCGAAAGUGGAAGCCGACGAGAAGGGUCACACUAUCCUUGCGCUGUCUAGUGAGGACGGCGAGCUCCAGGUCAGCCAGUUUCUGGCCUAUACCGACCCUGUUCGGGACCCGCCUAUGUUCGGUCAACUUCAGGAAGUCCCUGCGAACCAGAAAUCCCUACACCUUACACAUCAAUCCUCCCUAGCCACGUUCUUGGCUGCUUUGCAGCAUGGUUCCGGGGCUCAUCAGGCUCUCGCCACAAUCACAUUUCGACCUAAUCAACCAACUCUCGAACUAGCUUGCUCCCUUUUCAAGCAAAUCGCGGCGGAGAUGGUGGACAUAGCCCAAAGUACCUUGGAAAUCCACCUACUGCCGCGUCAUUUCAAGCUGAAGGAUGAUUGCUACGGCCUCGCCGGCUCUGGAGACCCUCUGAUCUGUGCAGUCAUCGCCUUCACUACGAAUGACGCCAAGCACAACGGCACCGUCCUACAGACGCAAGAGAAGUACCUUCACCAGAUUGCCGAAGAAGCAAAACGCUACAAUGUUGGCCAUCCGUUCUUGUACAUGAACUACGCGGCCAAAUUCCAGGAUGUCAUUACCAGCUACGGUGCUGAAAACGUGGAAUUCCUCAGGCGCGUCGCUGCCGCUUAUGAUCCAGACCAAGUGUUUCAGCGGCUCGUACCAGGACCUUUCAAGCUGUACGGCCGAACGCGACAUAUCAAUGGAAAACUCCAGCUAGGAAUUUGA